AUGGAUGGGGUGGGCUGGACUGCGAUGGUCUGGGCAGCACAAAUAAGGAAUGUUUCUAGAAGCCUCUGGCUGAUCAGCCUCCAGGCGCAUCCUGGUUGCCACACCUGCCCCCACUCAGUUCAGUUCAGUCGCUCAGUCAUGUCCGAUUCUCGCAACCCCAUGGACCACAGCACGCCGGGCCUCCCUGUCCAUCACCAACUCCCAGAGUUUGCUCAAACUCAUGUCCAUCGAGUCGGUGAUGCCAUCCAGCCGUCUCAUUCUCUGUUGUCCCCUUCUCCCACCUUCAGUCUGUUAACCCGCGGCAAAUACUGA